CUUCUGAGGAAAGGACUGACAUCACCCAUUCAUUUGAUCAACAUAAUCACUCCGGAGAUGUCUUGCCUUAAAGUCCACACAGCUCUAGUGUAUAUCGGGGAGAUCUGGGUUGCAUCUUCUGAAGAAAGACGCAUUUUUGUUACUCCUCUAAACCUUAAGGGGAGUUUUUAGCUUUUGGUCAGCGAGUGGUUCCUGGAAAACAUCUGAAUCGUUUUAUAACCAAAAACAGCUGCCGCGCCAGUGUAUGUGUGUGUGCGUGACAGUGUGUAUGUGUGUGUUCAUCCGUAUGUGGAAGAGGGAGAGAGAGUGAGGGUAUCUGUUUGCAUCCCUUUCCAAAACGGAAAGAAAGAAAAAAGUUUGGUCGUCUUUUUCUCCCAGUAACUUUUUUUAGGCAUGAACGCCGAGACGUGCGUCUCAUACUGCGAUAUGACAUCCAUGGAUUCAUAUUAUAGCCCCUCUGCACCGCAAGGUAGGGAUCAUCCGACGAACCCGUUUAGGACAUUCCAAGUAAGUGACAACAAAUACAGCCCCACUUUCCUGCCAAACAAAGGUCAGGCUUACGGAGAAAAGUCUCGGAGCCCAUUCCAACAGGAGUGUCAGUCAUUGGAUGCCACCGCUGGAGAAGGCACCUUUAACAAAUACCACCUCUUCAUGCAGAGGUCUUCUUGCAAAACCCCCCCCGAAGGAGGCAAACUGCACCAAGAAAGCGGACACAACGGAGCGCUCAUUCCCUGCUAUGGUAAAGACAGCUCAGGACUGACAGACUCUGACCUGACCCCGAACUCUGACCCCUCUGGGAUGGACGGCAGCUACCUGAGUGUGAAGGAUCAAGGCGUGAAGGGCCCCUCGGACCGACCAGGCUCGGACAUGGCCGGCCCCAUGGACAAGGGCGAGGGUGAGAGCAACAAGGGCAAGAAGAGGCGUAACCGCACCACCUUCACCAGCUACCAACUGGAGGAGCUGGAGAAGGUCUUCCAGAAGACCCACUACCCAGAUGUGUACGCCCGUGAGCAGCUGGCCCUCCGGACUGACCUGACUGAGGCCCGGGUACAGGUGUGGUUCCAGAAUCGCAGAGCCAAAUGGAGGAAGAGGGAGCGCUUUGGUCAGAUGCAGCAGGUCAGGACACACUUCUCCACGGCGUACGAGCUGCCUCUUCUAGCCAGACCUGAGAACUAUGCACAGAUACAGAACCCAUCAUGGAUUGGUGGCGGCAGUGGAGCGUCUCCUGUACCAGGCUGUGUAGUGCCCUGUGACUCAGUCACAUCCUGUAUGACCCCUCACCCUCACCCUCACUCUGGCAGCGGCGUAUCUGACUUCCUGGGCGUCCCGAACCCUGGGGGUCACAUGGGACAGACACACAUGGGCAGCCUGUUUGGGGGUCCUGGCAUGGGGUCAGGGAUCAACGGGUACGAUCUGAACAGCAUGGACCCGGACCGCAAGUCCUCCAGCAUCGCUGCCUUGCGUAUGAAGGCCAAGGAGCACAGUGCAGCCAUCUCCUGGGCAACAUGAUGCCUCAACAGCAGCAGGACAGGGGCCUCUGGGAACCCCAUCACGUCCAAUCCAAGCCAAAGCAGAGAGGGGGGCCAGUCUGUGCUACUAUAACAGAAAUAUUGAUAAUCUAAAAUAAUGAUGAUGAUAAAAGCCAUAGCAAAUUGCUGAAGAGGAGAGAAAAGAGACUAACAAAUCUGGACAGUGCACUUCUUUAUUUUGUGUCUCUGAUGGGAGAGACCAGUGGACAUCAGAGAUGAACAACAGUCAGUCAGUCAGUGAGUCAGGUAGUUAAAGCAUGAGGUGAGAGGCAGGAAAUCAAGAAUCAGACCUAUCCUUAAAGAGACAAAUUAAUUGGUUGCUUGUUGGAAACAAUGUGCUGGUUAUACAGUAGCUAUAAACUAAAACACAACAAAAAUG